CUCUAUCGGCACUGCUCGCCGCGCCGUGCCGCGCCGCGUCGCGCCGCGCCGCUUUCAGUCGUCGUCUGGUCGUCGCCAGGUUCCCCGCGAUUCUUCCUCGUCUCGCUCUUGAACUUUUCCUUGCGGACCGCUCACGACCGCGCGAUAAUACAUUCCCUCUACCUCUCUCGUCCGUGACCACAGUCUUGUCGUUGACGCGAUCAAUGAUCCAUCGGCUCUGCGAUAUCGUGAUUACGACGAUAUCACUCGCCGGCGACUCACUCGUGCUCGUUUGGUGCAGCUUCAAACGUAACGGGAGAUCCGUAGACGCGGCAACUCGAGGCGAGAAAGUGCCAGCGUGGUGCGUUUCAUAUUGGUGAAGUGAUUCCGACUGCAUUCCGCAUCUUGUAAUCCGGCGUUUGCGGUGCGUGUGGUACGUGUGGUUUGAAAGCGAAGGAGAGAUGAUCUUUUGCGCUUAAAUGCGAGGCGCAGGUGUGUCAUCAAGAAACGGUCAGAGAGCCAGUCGACACAGUGCGGAGAUGCGUAUUUGUCCUUCGUACGUGACCGCGAGGUGACGAGGAGAGAUGCGGUGACGUCCAGAAGUCGCUCGACCCAGAAACAUACAUAUCGUCGACACAUAUAUACACGUAUAUUUAUGAGGAUCGUUGAAAGGAUACUUGAAAAAAGCAUAUCCCAGUCCCAAUCCGUGAUAAUUACUCAGCUCCGCCCGCGCGCGCGGAGAAUAAAUGAAACGUGACAUAUCGAUUGCCAAACGUAUCGCUGCAUCAUUAAGACUCGGACGUCUGAAACGAACGCACGCCACGUACAUCGCGGAUCGCUGCGAAAUUACUCACGCGCAAUUAAAUCGCGGCUCAUCCUUUUCACUCGGCGCGCUCGCGUGUGUGUACGUGUGAUUCAUCUAAUUACUUAUUUAUAUAUCCGUCUCUCUCUCUCUCUCUCUCUCUCUCUCGAUCACGGUAUCAACUUUCAAUUACGCUAACGAGAUACACGGUGACGUACGACAGCGCGCGGUCACGAGGAGUCGUCCGGUGCGCGCAUCAAUGACCCGCCUCUCCCUCGAUCGUGACAAAAGCCCGCGAGCCCGAGUGAUCCUCUCGGACGUGAAAUUCGCGAUCGCCCGCUCAAUCGCAAGAGAGCAACGGGAUCUCGCCUCUUAUUAAUUGGCCGUUUAAUUAGCGUCCUCUCGCGAUCGUCCUCUGAGAAAGGAGAGGAGGAGACCAACACGCGAGACCUGGACCCGGACCUCUCCCUCUCUUUCCCUCUCCCUCUCUCUCCCUCUGUCGACGUCACUCGACGGCUCGCGCUGCUGGCAGGACGAGGCGAGCAGGGGCGGGAGGAUGUUGCUGAGGUAACACGACAUUUCGAGGCCGCACGCUAGAGAAGCCACGGUAAUCGCAGCGAGCGCGCGGACGAGGAGGAAGGUGUCGAUCGCAGGUGCACAAAGGCCUAGGAUCGAAGAGCGGCGGAUAGAAUGGGCUUUCCCAGGAGAAGGUCCCUCUGGCUGAAGGUGGCAGUGCUGGCGACCGCCGUGUGGCUGACCGUCUGCUUCCUGCUGUACACGGAGGACCGGGCGGCCGCCGCCGCCGUGCAGGGCUUGGCGCCGUCGGGCGUCGCGAUGCCGCAGGCGGCGAACGGCUUUGUGCCGCCCGCGGCGCCCUUCAGGAAAGAGACACCCGGGGGUGCGGUCAAUAGGGCGAGGAUCAAUCAGGCUGGGCCCGAGCAAGGUGGUGGAGUGCUGGCCGCGCCACGGGAGCCGGACGCCGCCGCGCCGGGCGAGAUGGGCAGACCCGUGAUCCUGCCGACCAACAUGUCCGCGCAGACGAAGAAACUGGUGGACGACGGCUGGCUGAACAACGCGUUCAAUCAGUACGCCAGCGACCUCAUCUCCGUGCACAGGUCCUUGCCGGAUCCACGCGACCAAUGGUGCAAGGAGCCCGGCAGAUACUCGAAGGACCUGCCGCCCACCGCGGUGAUCAUUUGCUUCCACAACGAGGCUUGGUCGGUGCUGCUGCGCACGGUGCACUCGGUGCUGGACAGAUCACCGGAGCACCUCAUACAGGAGAUCAUCUUGGUCGACGACUUCUCCGACAUGCCUCAUCUGAAGCGUCAGUUGGAAGACUACAUGAUGAAUUAUCCGAAGGUGAGAAUUAUCAGGGCGAAUAAGCGGGAGGGCCUUAUCAGGGCGCGGCUGUUGGGCGCAGCGGCUGCCAAGGCUCCGGUGCUCACGUACUUGGACAGCCAUUGCGAGUGCACGGAGGGUUGGCUGGAGCCUCUCCUCGACCGGAUCGCUCGCGAUCCUACGACGGUAGUUUGUCCGGUGAUCGAUGUUAUAGACGACACAACCCUGGAAUACCACUGGCGGGACUCGGGCGGCGUAAAUGUCGGCGGAUUCGAUUGGAAUCUCCAGUUCAAUUGGCACGCCGUGCCGGAGAGGGAGAAGAAACGCCACAAGAACCCGGCCGAGCCUGUUUGGUCGCCGACGAUGGCAGGCGGCCUCUUUUCGAUAGACCGAGUGUUCUUCGAGCGGAUCGGCACGUACGACAGCGGCUUCGACAUUUGGGGCGGCGAGAAUCUCGAGUUGUCGUUCAAGACCUGGAUGUGCGGAGGCACCCUGGAGAUCGUGCCGUGCUCGCACGUGGGCCACAUCUUCAGGAAACGUUCGCCUUACAAGUGGCGCAGCGGCGUGAACGUGCUCAAGAGGAACAGCAUAAGGCUGAGCGAAGUGUGGCUGGACGAGUACGCCAAGUACUACUAUCAGAGGAUAGGUCACGACAAGGGAAACUACGGCGACGUAUCGGAACGAAAGACUCUUAGGAAGAAACUGGGCUGCAAGUCGUUCAAGUGGUACCUGGACAACGUUUACCCGGAACUCUUCAUUCCGGGCGAGGCGGUCGCCUCCGGAGAGGUCCGAAACCUCGGCGAGGGCGGCAACACCUGCCUGGACUCGCCGGCGCGCAAGGCCGAUUUGCACAAGCCGUGCGGACUGUAUCCCUGCCAUCGACAGGGCGGAAAUCAGUACUGGAUGCUCAGCAAGACGGGCGAGAUCCGGCGAGACGAGUCGUGCCUGGACUACAGCGGCAGCGACGUCAUCCUUUAUCCUUGCCACGGUAGCAAAGGGAAUCAACAGUGGAUCUACAAUCCUCAGACUAAUCACAUCAGGCACGGCAGCAGCGACAAGUGUCUUGCGAUCACGGAGAGCAAACAGCAGCUGGUGAUGGAGGAAUGCUCGCCGAACGCGCCGAGGCAGAAGUGGUCCUUCGAGAAUUACGACCCGUCGAAGCUGUGAUACCGCGCCUUCUCGCGCCGUCAUUCGCACAAUCUCGGCCAAGGCUCCGAGCGCGUCGCCGGAAACUCCUGGCUGCCGGGCAAACGCUACUCGAUCGCCAAGACCCGCUUCGGCAGAUAAAUCACCGACGGCGAGGCCGGCGAGGUCACGGGAUCCCGUCGUCGUGUCUCGGCCGCCACCCCCGAGUUGGUCCGCCGUGUCCCGACGAGAUCGCCACGGACGAUCGCGAAUCCAGCUGGUGCAAUUUCUCGACGCUCGGCGUAUCGCGCGCGAGCCCUGCGCGAGCGGAAAUCGAAGGGAAAAGGGCCCGUGUCGCGAGCGCCUCUCCACCGAGAUCAACCGGCGCGGACGGAUAAGGGCGAGACGACGACCCAGCAGACGACGACGACGACGACGACGAAGAGCGGCGGAUCGCGAUGCAACGAAAUUUACUCGCGAGAGGACAAUAUGCUUAGGGAAUUUUUUACUCGAGAGGGACGCAGAGAGCGCGUUUAAGGUUAAAUUAUAUAGAUUAGACAUAUAACUCUCCGAUGAGCGAGGACGCGCGGUGGCUCAGACCGCGAUCGCUUCACUUCUCUACGUCGUAUAGUCCUAAAGAAAAGAAGAGGAGGAGGAGGAGGAGGAAGAAGAGGAAGCUGAGAGUUUUAUCGCGAGCAAGAGACAGAGACAGAUCGAGGACGACGGCCGGAGAGGAUCGUGAGAACGAACGUGACUGUAUCGACCGCAGCGCGCAGACGACGUCUCUCGAUCGUCACUUUCGUUCGCUGGUCGUCGGCGCUUCCGCGAGGAUCGAAGCGCGCGUCGCGAUCCUCGCGAGAAAGAGAGAGCAGCGAAUCGUCGUGUCGCGAUCGUCUGGCCAGACGGCGAGCGGCGCUUCGCUCCUCUGUCCGUCUUCUCGGCUGUCCCGGUCAGCAGCGGCACAUCGGCAGCUACGAUGCUCUCGUGUCCGGCAUUUUCCGCCGGGGCGUCAUCGCGGCGAGUCUGAAAAAUGCGCAGCGCGACGGUCUCGUUGCCGGUCCUUUUAGAAGACAAGUCAAGUGCCAAAUUUUGCAAUAUUCUCAUCCCGAAGUCGCAGCGCGCCGUCGCCGCGAUUAACGUGGCGAGCACGUAGCUGGCGCGCCGCUCGAGAGAACUUGUACUCGCGUGUGCCGAAUGAUUUAAGGAGAUCGUAUUAGGCGAUAUAUCCGCGCGGUCGAGCCCUUCCGUUCGCUUUUUUCUUUCUCUUUCUCUCUUUCUCUCUCUCUCUCUCCCCCUCUGCCAGAAAACGCCACCCAUGGGAGAGAGAAAGAGAGAGAGAGAGAGAGAGAUAGAGAGAGUUGCCGCGAUGUUCGGAGGGAGUGCGACAAGAGUUACGGCUCCCUCGACGCGCCGUUGCGUUAAAAUAACUGCGUUAUUCUCACGCAACGGCCCGCGCAUGUGUCUAAUCGGACUCUAUCGCCGACCCUUCAUCUUCGGGGAAGUCGUCGGCCCCGGAUGAAGUCGGGCCGGCGGGAGACUGCGCGCGCGCCAGCGCCAGCCGGCCGGAGACGAGAACGAUUCCUCCCGACUGGCCACUUCAGCAGCGCGCAAACACGUAUACGAAAUGUCUCGAACGUACGCUGCACGGAGAAGGAGAGAUCUCAGCUCGGCUGACUGAGCGGGGACCAGGUGGAAGCUCGGUGACGAGGAAUGCUGCCGCAACGCCGAGACGCGUGCGUCUGAGCGUUCGGGGGUGCAUUGCACCCCGUGAGAACUUGUCGCGGGGAUCCUUCUGCUCCCGCGAAGCGAGUUUCCGUCUGCUCUUGUCUCUCCCGUGCGAACAUCAUCAUUCCACACGUCGGCUCGGAAGUGCGUCACGCGUCGCGCAGUCGACGAUUCGACCAUUCGCCGCGCGACGAUGGCACUCGUCGCGAUCGCCCGUUGCUCUCCCCUUCUCUCCCCCUUUUUCUCAUCUCUUCUCGCAUCACCUCUUCCGAAGCGAGUCCUCGCGCGAAAACGGCGCGACGACGGCAUGAGGGAGAGAAGGACGAGGACGGCGACUUACGUUUCCAUCGACGCGACAGAGAUUGUAUUUUUUCUGUUGUUAGCUUUUAGUUUUAGAAUAUUCGCGUAAGGUAAUCGCGUAGGGGUGGAGGCAAAUAAAGAGCGACGAGCGGGAGGUGCUGCGACGGGGAGGAGAAGCUGCGAAAGCACAUUCCGAGGAGGCACACAGAGGCGACUCUCGUUCGAUUUCGUUUGUACAUUCGUGUAAGAUACGAUGUCUUGAUGCCAGUUCAGGAUAUAAGUACCGCCUAAGUAGAUGAAAUAAGGACCCGCGCGGACACGCGUGCGCGAGUUGCCGGUCCGCGCGAAUUCGUCGGCGAGACGCUUCGACGCGGCGACCGUCGAUGGCUCGUCAGCACACGUGAGCCCGCCGCGCGAAAUACUCCGCGAACAGAAGAAGAAGAAGAAGAAGAAGAAGAAGAAGAAGAAGAAGAAAAAGAAGAAGAAGAAGAAGAUGAAGAAGAAGAAGAAGAAGAAGAAGGGUACGCUCUUUAGGGGAUUGUGGCUCUUUUCUGGAAACUUUAACUACAUAUCGCGUAUCGGUACCGGAGACCGAGCGGGGGCGUGGGAGUAAAAACGUACACACAGUCUUCGUAUAAGGAUAAGGAACGCGCGAAAAACGAUCCGACGGACACGUUAGUCCUCCAGUCGGCUGCAAAACGCGCACGUUCACGCGAGACGUCCCUCUCCCGGAGGAGGAUCUUGUCCUUGCAACGAACGCGAGCGCGCCACUCCAGACGAUCGUUCCUUCCGCUCCGUUUUCGCGGACUCGUCCAACGCGCCGGAGGCGCGAUCCGUCAACACGAUUUCUCUGCGUGCCAACGAAAUCGCAAGUAUCAGCCGUGCACUCGCGCACACAGACUCUGCGUCUCUCGUGAGAGAGAGCUUCGAAGACGAGGUAUAAAGGACGGUUGUAUCCCGUCGCUCGCAGGUCGUUCUUGUCAAACGACAGCCUCUCUUCGCAGCCUCUCGUGAAGAGCGCUCAGUCUGUGCGCACGAGUCUACGGCGCCAGCCGGACGGUCGUCACUUUCGCGAAGACGUUUGUCCGUGUCAUCGUUCGUUCGUUUUCUUCUUUUUUCCUUUUCUUUUCCCCAUUCCAUACGGAGUUCCAUCUCGCGAUGCAAUUUGAGACAUAUCUUCCCCUUCGCUUGGAGAACACACACACACACAUACACACGCCUUUCCCUUCUUCGUUGAAUUCAAAUGCAGGAGCGACGUUCUCUCGGGCGAGAAGAAUGGCGGCGCAGAGUCGUUUUCCCGUAGAAGAACCCCGCACGGAGACGCAGAACGUAUUUAGAAGCACGCGCGAAUCGACGCGCAACUCGGAAAGACGCGUUCGGGAGUUCCUUGCGAGCAAGGGUAAAGGGAGAAGGACAGAGAGAGGUGUACGAGUGCGUGCUUAAUUAGAUAUGUCUCUAAUUAGCGGUUGUCUAAUCUUAGGGAUAAAGGAAUCUGUGGAGGCCGCGGUUUUGCCGAUCCGCGAGGCAUCGGAGGAGUCGUUGCGUACGCGAGGAAAUGCGAUUAUGGACGGAGAGCGGGAUAAUAAUCCGUUUCGCAAUCCGUCGCAAGCGGAUGCGCGCGCGCGGAUGGUUUUACCGGGACGCGAGAGAGAACAAGUUUAUACAGAUUAUAUAUAUAUUAUAUAUAUAUGACAUUUUCUACAUUUGGUAAGGAAGUUGCAUAUCGUGAGGGAGAGAGGACGAUGGAUAGUAAUAGUUAAAAAAGAAAAUAAAUAAAAAGAAACGAUAAACGUGAGUUAGCGCGACCGCCGCGCCGCGGCCGCCGCGGGACGCGCGCGUUUAAUUAAUGUAAUAUCGAACGUGCCUUAUUUCGUGUAUAUAUGAAUAUUAUUAUCAUAAUUAUCAUUACUAUAUACGAACCUCUAUCAUAACGUGCAAGUAUUUGUGUUGAAUAAAUCGAUGUUGUUUUAUGUUA